UCCUGCUGGCUUAUUUAUGCUCCUCCAGAAUCUGCCUUCCCCGCAAGUUCAAGAAAGAAUCACAAUGGGGCUGUCCAACUUCCCCAGUGCAGCAGAGGGGCUGCUUCCGGUGCUGGUCAUGAACACUUUGGUAUCGGUGGCCACGUUGAAGAACCUGUUCAGGUAUCUUCUCCGAGCGGUCGCUUGGAACUCAGAAGACAUGAAUGUGCAGGAAGAGCUUGGUGAUGAAGAUGAUGAGCAGAGCUGUGUUGCGAGAAGGAGGGUGUCCAUUAUGCAGUACAAGUGCAUGGUGAGUGAUGGCGGAAGAAGGUCGGCCAUGGCGGAGUGCUGCGUCUGUCUGUGUCGUUUCCAAGGCAGUGAAGAGGUGAGUGAGUUGUCUUGCAAGCAUUUCUUCCACACGGCUUGCUUGGACAAGUGGUUCCUCAAGAGGCACGACACCUGCCCUCUCUGUCGUUCCACUUGCUAGCUUCCUUCUUUCUGUGUUUCAUGUCUCUGGCUUUUAGAGCAACGUGGCUAGCUAGGAGGGCGUCGCUUCUGGUUUCUUUGCAUGAGUACGAGUAUCUGCGAUCCUCUAGGAGUUAGUGGCUGGGAGAAAUCGCAAGGGGGUGGCAAGCAUACGUACUUGGUCGUUUUUAUGAAGAAUGCUAAUUAUAUGAUUAGGAUGUACAUAUUGAGAAUUUGGUCUUUGUCAGCAUGCGGUGCUUGUUAGAUUAAAGCAGAUUUCUGGCUGGUAACGCAACUCUUUGUGACGUUUAAAGUAUUCUAGUGUCCGUAAUUGAAAGCCGAGGCGAUGAAUAAGUAGAAUUAGAUGUUAAUUAGAA